GUUUCUUUUUACUCACUCAAUUUUUCUGUACUUAACCUUCUUUAAAAUAAAUACGAAGAAUCCUUGUUAGUCAAUAUGGGACGACGACCUGCACGCUGCUACCGGUACUGUAAAAACAAGCCCUAUCCCAAAAGUCGAUUCAACCGUGGUGUGCCUGACCCAAAGUUGAGAAUUUACGAUUUGGGACGCAAGAAGGCACAUGUGGACGAAUUCCCUCUUUGCAUCCAUCUCGUCUCUAACGAAUACGAACAACUUUCAGCCGAAGCGCUUGAAGCGGGUCGUAUUUGCUGCAACAAGCAUAUCGUCAGGAGCGCUGGCAAGGAGUCUUUCCACAUGCGAGUGAGAGUGCAUCCAUAUCAUGUCGUUCGCAUCAACAAGAUGCUUUCUUGUGCUGGUGCAGACAGGUUGCAAACUGGAAUGAGACACGCAUUUGGAAAGCCUGCUGGACUGGUUGCUCGUGUGAAAAUUGGCCAAAUCAUCUUUUCUGUUCGCACCAGGGACCACAACAAGGCCACGGUGAUUGAGGCUUUACGUCGCAGCAAGUACAAGUUCCCGGGCAAGCAGAAGAUUGUCAUUUCCAACAAGUGGGGAUUUACGUCAUUGACUCGUGAAGAGUAUGUCCAAGCUCGUCGCGAAAACAAGGUCUUGCGUGAUGGAAGCUAUGUCAAGUUUAUCCCCAGCAAAGGUCCUUUGGAAGAUUAUUUUCAAUCCGUGCGCAAAGUUUAAUACAAGAAAGAUUGUUGUAGGAGUAGCAUACAGUUAGUUGUAGCAGCUCAGUAUGUGUUUUCGGGAGCCGACUUGCUGCUGCGGCGGUUUGCUGAAUACAAAUUCUAAUUCAUGCUGUGCACUGGAGAAAAGA